UUAACACAGAAGAACUUCACAUCCCAGCACCAUGAGCCAAACUGGCAUUCUUACUUUCUGCCUUAUCAUCCUGACUCUGAAUGGGAUUCAAGGAAUUCCUCACUUGAGAACCGUGUGCUGCCGCUGCAUCGAAGUCGGCAUGCAGUCCGUGCACCCAAAGACCUUAGAAAAAGUUGAAAUUAUCCAUCAGAGUCUAUCCUGUCCACAUGUUGAGAUCAUUGCUACUAUGAAAAAUGGAAAGAAACAAUGCUUGAAUCCAGAAUCCAAGGCCACCAAGAAAUUACUGAAAGCUGUUAGCAAAGAAAGGUCUAAAAGAUCUCCUUAAAACCAGAGAAGCGAAUCACUGCAGUGCUGACACAAACGGACCUCAGAGACUCUCUCUCUCUCCUAACUGCUCUACCGUACACUAGACCUAAUCGUCCCUGGUUUGCAGUUCUAAAAGAUGACCAUCCAGGCACCAAACUAGCUUCUACUACUGCUAAAGGAAAGAAGAUGGUUCAAUGCCCUGAAUGAGUCCAGUAGGAGCUCAAUUACCCCACAAGCUACGCCUGGUGCUACAUGCUGAGCAAAUGUGCCAGGUCCGACACAUGCUCCUCACUUCUGUCUUCUAAGAGUUACUAAAGGAGUUUUUUUUCCUCCUCUAGGUUUAUCAGAGUUAUGUGAUUGUCAAAUAAAGCUAAAAAGUAUGCAGCUCAAGCAACAAUACAAUCUGCUUCUUAAGAAGCAGUCUUUACUUCGUUGGCUUCUACUGCAUCCUUCUAGGGGGGCCGUGUUCUCCCAGCAGUUAUAUGCUGACAAUUCCA